AUGGCGUUUUUUAGAAACCUCCAGCAAAAUCUAAGCCUUCCCUCUGUGUCUUCUCUGGUCGACACGCUGAGCAGUGCUGUGGAUGACCUGACCAGUGUUGUUGGAGAAGUCAGCUACAGUGUAGCUGAUUCAGUAACAGAACAAGUAACAAGCAUGAUAAAUGGCCUUCGUGCUGAAGGUGAAAGCUCCAAAAUACAGCAUGAUGAACCUGUGCAAGGGAGAGAGGAACAUACACCAUCAUUAACUUGUUCUCAGGAAAUUAAUAUGAAAGCAAUGAGAGGUAUUGCAGAACAUAAAGAGACUCAUUAUUCUAAACCAUUAGAUUUUGUAAAAAAAGAUGCAAGUCAAGAUGGAGUAUCUGACCAUGUUGUGGACAAAAAACAGUGCCAGUUAAAAGGCAGAGAUAGUAAUAAUCAUUUAAGUGAUACAGAAGUACCUCAGGAUUUGAAGAAUGUAGGAGGACCUUUGAAAAGGGAAGCAGUAGGAGGAAAUGAGUGUUUUGUAAAUGAUAAGUUCUUGAAGGAUAGUAACCUGAAAAGUAAUAAAUUUACAAGGGAGCAAUCUAUUGAGGAAAAAGAUAAUUGCCUACGUGCAGUAUCAGAUAAUUCUAAGAAUCACUUGCAUAGAAAAAUCAAACCACAGUCACCUGGAAUUGAUUUUGAGGGUUCUGAAGAAGUGCACAGUAUGAAGGUUCCCCAAGAUUUAGAAACAAAACUUGAAGUACAGAAGGAAAAAUUAUCAGACUCCAGCUUGAAGAAGAUGCCCAAUGACCGUCCCAAUUGCAUUAAUGAAUUCAAAGAAAAGAAAUCUGAAGCCUUUUUUGGCAGAAAAGGAAAAUCUGUAUCAAAGGAUGAAGACAAUGUGUCAACUACAAUUGCAAAAGUAGGUAAAAAGAAAAACUCAAAGAAAUUGGAAAAGAAUUCAAGAGAGCUAUGUAAUAAGAAGACAGCAGGAAAAGCUAACUGCAUUCAGAGGAUGAGAAGAACACCUCCGCUAGAUGAACUGCAGCCGCCUCCGUACCAGGAUGAUAGUGGUUCUCCUCAUCUUUCAUGUACGCCUUCGGAAGUUGGAGACAGUAAAUGUGAAUUUUCCCAGUGUAGCAACAGUCCAAGAUGUUCAUAUAAAUGCCCAAGUGAAGGAAGCACGGGACACGAAAUAGAAAGCUUUCAUAACAAAGGAUACGAAGAAGAUGUACCAAGUGACAGCACAGCUGUCCUUAGUCCAGAGGAUAUGUCAGCUCGAGGAUCAUCUUCACAGCUUCCUAAACCUUUUGAUCCUGAGCCAGUAGCUAAAUAUGGCACACUGGAUGUGACUUUUGACUAUGACUCACAGGAACAGAAGCUUUUGGUGACAGUGACAGCUGUCACAGACAUUCCCACAUACAGCAGGGCAGGUGGAAGCUCAUGGCAAGUACACCUAGUUCUUCUCCCUAUAAAGAAGCAGAGAGCAAAAACCAGCAUCCAGCGGGGACCGUCCCCUGUCUUCACAGAGACAUUCAAAUUUAAUCACAUUGAGUCUGAGAUGAUUGGGAAUUAUGCAGUUCGCUUUAGACUGUACAGCGUACGUCGCGUGAAAAAAGAGAGGAUUGUGGGAGAAAAGAUUUUUUACUUAACAAAAUUGAAUCUUCAAGGGAAGAUGUCAGUGCCAGUGAUACUGGAACCUUCUUACAGUCUUUGUCAAUGUGAUCCAAGACUGUCCCUUUCAGAUUUGCUAGAAAGUGGCUGUUGCAUCAGAAGUUCAUAG